CCCCGGCGACCAGCGAAGGUUAUGCACCCUGGGGCGGGGCCCCGGGCCGUCACUCACCGGGCCACUCACCUGUCCGCAGCCCAGCGACGCGGAGGCGGCGGCGGCGCGCAGGGUGGACGACCUGCUGGAGAGCUACAUGGGCAUCCGGGACCCCGAGCUGGCGGCCGCGGUGGUGGAGACUGCGCGCAGCUCGGCGGGAGCCCAGGCCUUCGCGCGCGGCCUGGACGCGGUUCUGGGCGAGUUCGCCUUCCCGGACGAGUUCGUGGUGGAGGUGUGGGCGGCCGUCGGCGAAGCCCAAGACGCCUGUGGCUAGCGUGUGCUGGGGUCCGCAGCCCCGGGCCCAGCCCCCGGCCGCAGCGCCGCUCCAGAACCCAGGACAGCCCCGAGACCCAGGCCCACCCCAAGGCCCCGCCGGGCUCUAGAACCAGACCCAGCUCUGUAACCCAGGCCAGCCCUGAGACCCGGCCGGAACCCCAGCCGGAUUCUGGAACCCACUUCAAGCCCGUGGCCGGGUCCAGCUCUAGACUGGAGCCCAGUUCUGUAACCCAGGCCCACCCUGAGGCCCAGCCCAGUUCUGUUACCCAAGUCAGCUCUGAGGUGCAGCCGGAAUCCCAGUCCGGUUCUGGAACCCAGGUCGUCUCUGAGGUCCAGUCAGACUGUAGAACCCAGUCUAGUCCUGGGACGCGGCCUGGUCCUAGAACCCAAGGCAACCCUGAGUUUCAGAUUGGCUCUAGAGCACAGGGCAGCCCCGAGGCUGAGCCCUGUUCUAGAACCCACCCUGAAUCUGAACUACAGCCUAGCGGUAGAACCCAGGCUGGCUCUGAGGCUAGACCCAGUUCUAGAGCCCCGGGUUGUUCUGAAGCCCACACCAGGCCGGAGACCAAGCCCAGACCUAGAACCCAGGGCUCCCAGGUCGAAUUCUGUUCUGAGACCAAGCCUGCUUCUAGAACACACAGAGGCUUUGAAGGGGAGCAUGGUUCUAGAACUCAGACCCACCCUGAUAGGAAGCCUGGCUCUAGGGCCCAGCCAGGGCUGAGGUCCAGCCCCAGUGCUGGAGCCCAGGUCAUGGCUGACCCUCCGCCGGCCUCCAGAAUCCAGCCGAGUCCUGCCCUGCAGCCACACUGCAGAACCCAGACAAACGUUGAGACGCAGCUAGGCGCAGAGCACCCUCCCAGCUCUGAAACAGUCGCCACCGCGGCCCAGCCCUUUCCAGACAUGUGGAGUGGUUCUGGAGGACCAGCUAGCUCAGGACCCCAGGCAAGGUCCACCAAGCCACCAGCCGAUGGAACCCAGGCCAGUUCCGCUAGCCAGCCACCUUUCAUCCCUCUGUCCCAAGCAGGCCACGCUGCCGCAGGGUCCAGACCUAGACCCCAGCCCUGCUCCCCAGCCCUGCCCCCCAGCACCUCCCGGCACCCUGCACCCCAAGCUGGCUUCAGUGAAGAGUCUGACUCUGAGGCCCAGCCAAGGGCUGGAAGCCAGCCUGCUGUGGCACCAGGGCCCCGCUCCCAAAUGCCCUCCACUUCAGAAGCGAGGCCCAGCUCCAGGAUGGUGCCAGGCGCCCAGCCCUCCUUAUCCAGAAGGCGGCAUGCAGGCUCCAGGACACAGUCUGACUCGGGGACCCAGACAGACUUCCACGCCUGGCCCAGCUCCGGAGCCCACACGGGUCAAGCCAGGCAUCGAGGGUCUCAGCCACGGCCACUGGCCGAGAAGGAGCCCGGCUCCAGAUCCCUGUCUAGUUCUGAGGGCAGACCGGGUGCAGGCUCCCGGAAGCAGCACCUGGUAACAGCUGGAGCCAGCUGUGACCCCCAGCUGGACACAGGACAGCAGCCUGGCUCUGGAGCCCACUUGGCCUCUAGAACCCAGUCCAUUCCUCAGGUUCCAGCACGCGCCGAAGCCCAGGCUAGCGCUGCCUCAAGUGCCCGAACCCAGUCAGGCCCCAGCCCCGGCAGCUCUGGGAGGCAGUCCAGCUCAGAAGCCUGCCUCCUCAGCUCUAGAGACAGAGACGGCCGCCACCCACAGACCCCGGGCCCCGAGCCUAGAACGCAGCCUGAUCCCCCAGCCCGACCUCAGUCUCCAAGCCCACCACCCCCAAGGGCCUCCACCCCUGCUCUGAGCAAGUUCUCUGGGUCUAGGCCUCAAGAUGGAAGCCAGGCCACAGCCUGCCCCAGGCCAGGUCCCCCAGCCUCCCACCUGGGCCCCGGGUCACAAGUCCCCACCACCCCCCAGAAGCUAGCCCUUUCACCCAAGCCCCAGCUGGGACCCCAGAAGUCCACGCCCCCCACCAUACGGGUCACUCCUAGCCCCUCCCCUGGGCCCUUGCCCCACCACGGGUAGCUGGCUGUCUUGUCCCCUGGGCUCUGGUGACUGUCGCCACCACUGGCCUGGUGACGUCAUCUCAGCAGGAGGGCAGGAUGGUGGAAACUGAGGCUUGAGUUUCAGAGCCUGGCUGAGAACCCUGAGUAAGAGGAUCCGACCGCAGAAGGCAUAGGGGGCGGGGAGCUCCCUGGGGACCUUGGCAGUGA